UGUACAUGCUGUGAUGAAUUUGAAAGCGGUGUAAGCGUCUACCGGCUCACAGGCGGGGAAAGCACUGGCCCGACAAGGACUCCAAGCCAGAAAAACAGCCUCACCCCCUGCAUAAAGGACAGUGGCUGGCUAGUAAAUUUGCCACCACAUAAGGAGAUUAAAUUGUUUUGACAUAAAAGAAUCCACUGGCACCUAGAUCUGCAUCCUGGAUGCAUGAUUACAGGAAGGAAUGAUAUGGUACCUGGACACUAAGGACUGCUGAACUGCCCCAGUGCCCCCGCCAGACAGGAACAUGCCCGCUCCCCGGAUGUCCCUGGUACCAUCCGCCUCGUGGCCCGUGGCGGUGGACUGGGCCUGGAACCUGGGCAUCUACGUGGCGAUGUUCUCCGCGAUGCUGCUUCUGAUGCUGCUGCUGCUGUGGCUCCUCAUCAAGCAGCUGAGAGACUCGGUGGGGAACGCAGCCCUCAAGCCUGGCCCCUCGAUCCGGAGGCCCCCCGGACAGCAUGCGGUGUGUGCGCCGUGAGGACUGGCCAGCAGGGGGUGCCGGCACAUCUCAAGGAAGGUAAUUACCUGAUUAAAACAUCGAGCCGUGUGGGAUUGCUAGAGGCUUUCAAUCAUCUUACAGCACAGCAAAAAUCCCCGCUGCAACAGCCAUAAUUAAUGAACCAUUAAUAUUUAUGUGCAAUAUUUCUCGGAUUUCUUCGGUAGUCAGCAGCAUGAACCAUAAAACCUGGUCGCAAAUGUACUGUAUGUCUGAACAAAAUGGUUUGAUGACACUUUGUGUUGUUUUCAUUGUUUUUCAUCAGUCACUGAGCUUUAGUACUGAAAUGUAUCUGUACAGAUUGCUUACUGUCUUUCGAAGGGUUUUCAACUUGUGAAAUCCUUUCUAAACUGAACAUUUUAGCUCUAAUGUUGGACAGAGGACGCUUUGCUUAUUCGCUGUUGUGCUCGAGUGCAAGACGUCACAUUUAUAAAUCACAAAAGUUCAAAAUGUUAAAAAUAAAAUGCAUAGAAAAUAAAGCACGUAGUG